AUGAGUCUUCAGGUAAGCAAGAAGGUUAGUACUUUUCUAUAUACAAUGUGUGCCAUGAUUACAGCGCUUUCGGUGAUUUAUGAGAGAAGAUCCUUUCUUAGCAAUGUACAAAGCGUAAUAGAGGCCAAAAAGUCCAUGAUAGACAGGGAGUUGUAUAUGAGACUGCUUUCUAGAAUAGCAGAUGGAAACUAUCUUGUUACUCGAAAGAAUAGCAAGCUCUUCAGACAUCUUGGAGAAACAGAUACAUUUUCCGGAAUUUACCUAGUUGGAUCUUGGGGGAACUAUAGACGCGUCUCCCUAGAGAAAGUUCCUUAUCUUAAUCCCCGAGCUAAAUACUUCUUCAUAGACAUCAAAGACCUUCUUAUCCACAGGAUGUUCUUGAAGCACAAUCUGAAAUCUUUUAUGUACACAAAAAGCUUCAAUUUAGAAAACACCAAGAACGAGGUUGCUUUAAUGUCAGAGAUUUCCCAAGAAUGCUUGAAGAUUCUUAAUAAAGUCGGGAGCACAGAAAUUGCCAUGGAGGACAUGAUAGUUAGGUUACGCAAAGGAAGCCCCGAUGAGCUUUUCGUAGAACAUGCACAGGGAUUAUCCAUCAUCAAAUCGGUAUUCAAGAACGAAAACGAAUUCUUGGAAGGCUUGAAAGCUCAUUUUAUAGACUUUAUGGACUCGGUCUUCUUUGGAAUGGAAACAUCCUCCUUCUGUGAUUCAUAUGUAAAAAGUGUCAUUAAUUAUCUAAAGAGGGAGGACGUCCUUUUGCUUUCUCCAUCAAUCAAAAUGUAUCCAGAGCUAAUCCACUAUCUAUUUCCAUACAAAAUGGUAUCAGACAGACCCAAUCUCCUUCACAACCAAUUAGUUGCUGGCGGCAUCUCCCUGAAUGGAGUUCAGCAUAAUAAUUACCUAAAAAAGCUAUUUAACCUUAAGAAGAUUGAGAAGAUAACUGAGGGUGGAUGUAGAUUUAUAUUCACAGCUCACAUAUCGAUAGACAUCCAGAAAAAGAAAUAUAGUAUCACUUUCAUUUAG